AUGGGCAGGGCAUACACAAUCGGCCUCGCCACAUUUGCAGCAACGGGGAGUUUCCUCUUUGGCUACGACUCAGGCGUCAUGACCGACGUGAUCGCCUCUCGGAAUUUCCUGGACUUCUUCGACACGACCAAAACAUCGUCGAUCAUCGGUGCCAUCAAUAGCACGUUCUCUGGCGGAGCUGCCAUUGGGGCCUUGACCGCUGGCCUGACAAUCGACCGUCUUGGUCGCCGAUUCACCAUCCAGCUAGGCGCGAUCAUUGCAACUAUUGGCGCUAUCCUGCAAUGCGCCGCGCAAGAUCUGGCCAUGAUCCUCGUCGGCCGCAUCGUCGCUGGUUGGGCAGUGGGGAUCUUGAGCAUGUCGGUCCCUGUCUACCAGGCUGAAUGCGCGCAUCCGAGGAACCGUGGCUUCAUCGUCGGCCUCGCCCAGCAAAUGAUCGGCGUCGGAUUUAUUGUGAGCACGUGGAUUGGCUACGGAUGCCUGCAUGCCCCGGACACGAACUCGGUCCAGUGGCGGUUUCCGCUUGCUUUCCAAGGGCUCCCUUCCAUCUUGCUGUGCAUCGGCAUGAUCUGGCUUCCGGAAUCGCCGCGGCAUCUGGUUGAAAAGCAAAAGGAUGAAGAGGCUAUGAGGGUGCUGAGGCGGCUUCAUUACGACGGCACAAACAGUGACUGGAUUGAAUCUGAAUUUACAGAGAUCAAGGCGACCAUUGAUGCGGAGCGGGAGCUUACGGCCCCCGGUUGGUUGGUUAUGUUUCGCGUGCCCCAGUGGAGGAAGCGACUGCUUCUCGGAACAGCCGUCCAGGUCUUUACCCAGAUGACCGGAGUCAAUGUCAUCAAUUACUACCAGAACAUCAUGUACGAAUCCCUCGGUAUAACCGGCCACCGCGCGACCCUCGUUUCCGGAAUCUACAACGUCGUCGGCCCAAUCGCAAACCUCAUCUUCAUCACCUUUAUCCUCGACCGCGUCGGCCGCCGCCGCCCACUGAUGUUCGGCGCGGGCGCAAUCGCCAUCGCGCUCGUCUGCGAAGCAGCACUGAACUCGCAAAACGAAGCCGGUACCCACGACGGAUACAGCAUCGGCGGCGUCUUCUUCCUCUUCUGCGUGACGGUCAUCUUCUCCAUGUCGUUUGGGUCGAUCAGCUGGGUGUACAUGUCCGAGGUGAUGCCGAUGCAGAUCCGCGGCAAGGGCAAUGCGUUUGCGACGGGGGUGGGGAAUUGGACGGUGAGUACGUUGUGGAGCCAGGUUUCGCCGAUUGCGCUCGACAAGAUUGGGUGGAAGUUUUACUUUUUGUUUGCGGGUUGGAAUCUCUUCGUGACUAUCCCGACAAUCUAUUUCUUCUUCAAGGAGACGAAGCAAAAGUCGCUCGAGGAAAUCGAUCUCCUCUUCGGCGGCAGAGCGUUGGGGACUCUGGGGCCUGAUCUCAGCUCCAAGAACGUCGAGAAACGGGACUCGUGCGAGGACUCGCGGCAGAUCGAGGAGGUCUCCAAGACCCCACAAGCGUAG